AUGGGCUCCGAUGGGACGAACGGCCCUCCGUCUAACUCGCUACGCAUAUUGGUCGCCUUUGAAAUACCUGCUUCCAAAUAUAACAAAGGGCCAUACUGGGAGCACGAGUACCUAAUCCUCAAGUGUGUGCCAGCAGAAGCUUCCCGUAUAUACGAGCUUGAGGAUUUCGAAAGAGUAUGGUCAAUAAUGAACAGGUUCUCCGCGCCUUCCUCUUCUGUGGUUCAGCUCCCCAUGCCGCAGGUCCCCAUGCUAGAACUUCCUGUGUAUCCAUUUUCGAGGCCUUCAAAGGAGCCGGCUGAACAUAAUGAUCCCAGCGAGCUGAAGAAGCGACUCUUACCACGAGAUCUCGCUUCUAUGUCUCAAGUGGCCUCCUUUGGACCGAACUAG